AAAUAUAAGUAAUGUGCUAAAAUAGACAAGAAGGCAAACUGCCAGUUUAAAGUGCUUCAAUCAGUCUGGCAGGCCAUGCCAAGCGUACUACUGCUGCUUGCACUGCUUCUUACAGAACAAGAAAUUGGUCAAGUCUACUGUGGUUCAUGGAAACAUUCUGAGGAUCCCAAAAUAGAGGGAUGGCGUGGUGCAUGUACAACAGGUCGGUAUCAAUCCCCCAUCAGCAUUAUUUAUAAGAAUUUGUGGUACAGCAAAGUUCCGCCAUUGGCCUUCAUAAACUACAAUAAUAUUACUACAACAAUAUGUAACAACGGCCACUCUGUGGUGUUCAAGGUCAACCAGAACCAUGAAGCAGCGAUAGUUAAUGGAGGAUUAAAGAACCUCUAUAUUUUGGAUGAGGUGGGGUUCCACUGGGGUUCUGAACACACACUCAAAGAAAAAAGAUAUCCUUUGGAAAUGCACUUGAUACAUUACAACAGUCUUUACGACAGCAAAGAAACUGCACUAUGUCGCAGUGAUGGUUUGGCAAUUAUUGCCGUUUUAUUUUGUGCUUCUCUUGAAGACAAUGUCUACUUCAACCCAAUAAUAUCUGCUCUAGAAAAUGAGUACAUUUACGGAAGUUUUGGUAACAUGUCUACGGUUCCUGGACCAAUUGAUUUACAACAGCUACUUCCCUUCGAGAGCCAGAGGUUUUUCAGAUACCACGGUUCACUGACGACGCCACCAUGCUCAGAGAUAGUAACAUGGACUGUGAUGGAACAUGUUUCCUAUAUAUCAAAGAAUCAGCUUCAAAGAUUCUGCAAAGUGCGUACAAAAACUGGAGGCAAAACCAACUUUAGGUGGCCAAAACCUCUUAACAACAGAAAAGUAUAUCUUCUAACAGGAGUUCAGAUACAAAACUCAGGAAAUGUUGCUGUGAUAGUUUGUCUUAGUAUGUUAGCUAUAUUGUUUGAUUGUCAACUUCUUUAGGUUCACGAUACUGUAAAUAAAAAUCCUUUUUAAAAA